CUAUUCUUGCCGCGAGAGCGCUGAGUAUCCUCCAGGUCGUGGUCCACUCCCAGUGUUGCUUUCCCUCCCGGUGGUGAAAACAAACUCAUCUGAUAUCAUGGCACCCAAGAAAGACGCCAAGAAGCCCGAACCCGCGAAGAAAGCCGAGCCCGCACCCGCACCCGCACCCGCGCCAGCGCCCGAGGCCAAACCCAAAGUCGCAGCCGUUGACCUGUCUGCAGUCAAGGUGCAGUUCUCGCCAGAACAGCUUGAGGACUACAAAGAAGCUUUUGGCCUCUUCGAUAGAGUUGGCGACAACAAGGUGGCCUACAACCAGAUCGCUGACAUCAUGCGCGCUCUGGGACAGAACCCCACCAACAAGGAAGUGAACCACAUUCUUGGCAACCCCUCUGCUGAAGAGUUGGCUAACAAGAGGGUGGAGUUCGAGGCCUUCCUGCCCAUGCUGCAGUACGUAGUCAACAGCCCGAACAAAGGGACCUUUGAGGAUUACGUUGAGGGCCUGCGUGUCUUUGACAAGGAGGGAAAUGGCACGGUGAUGGGGGCUGAGCUGCGUAUUGUUCUCUCGACGCUGGGUGAGAGGAUGUCAGAGGCUGAAGUUGAUGCUCUCAUGGUAGGCCAGGAGGACGAGAACGGCUGCGUUAACUAUGAAGCUUUCGUGAAACACAUCUUGUCAGUGUAAGAGGUAACGGCUGGGAGGAAGCUCGUCUGUGUCUCCUGACCCCAUGGUGUCAGGGUGUCCAUGUGCUGUUUCCUGCAAACACCCGGGAAACAGAGUAGAGAAAAAAAGGACUAUGACAUGCCAUUUUUAAGCCAUUCUUUCUUUGUCUUUUCAUGUGUUUUUUCCCUUUCUCUCAUCCACUCUUGGAAGUCAGAACCCACCCAGAACAUUUGUUUUUUUUUCGUUCUUGUCUCUCGGCUGCAGCAGCAGCAGCAGCCAAUGUCCUGCCCUUUGGGCGCUGGGCGAGCCUCUCCGCAGUGGGGCGGUAAUGAGGGCGGAAAGGGGUGUGGUAGCUACCCUCGCUGACAGACCACCACCCCCACCCCCACCCUUAACUCUUUGUUGUCCGGAUCAGCAGGUCGACGGUGCUAUACCACCUCCACUGUGGGACGGGUGGCUAAACCCGCUCGCUCUCCCUCGCCCCUUCUCCACAGAGUGUUAAUUUAUUUUGUGCCUCUGUCAUUUCUCAUAAUAAACUUUCCACAAACUACA